AUGUCGCACAAUUCUAACACAGUCAGCGGGCUCCCAUACUACAGUGAAUCUCCUACCAGUACGCGCUCUCACAUCGACGGUUUACCCAGCAGCAUUAGCACCGCUUCGGCUUGGGAAUCCGUCAGCGGUACCGGUUACGGCGGUCGACGAAAGGAAUGGGAUUUCGUGCCCAACAGCAGCCUGAAUGGAAUGCAGGAAUGGGACUCUAUCAGUGGAACUGGUGCUAUUGACGACACUCCUGCUCCAGUUGCAAGGAGGAGGAGUAAUGAGGAAGGCCGCAAGCUUAGGUUGGAUCUGAAUUUGGAGGUUGACAUCGCCAUUCAGGCUAAGGUUCACGGAGAUAUCAUCCUCUCGCUCCUGUGA